UUGUCCGCUUGGCACCCCACACGUCAGGCGCGUUGUCAUAAAAGUGGAAUCGGCUUCACGCUAAGUUAUCGCAACAUUGUCCAACAGCAACACUUCCCUGUCUAGAAGCGCCGAUGGCUCCCCGUCCCAGUAAACCGCGGAAAGCGCCAACUUCGCUCACAUCCCCGAUAGUAGCUCUCCUCGUUCUCGCUAUAAGCCUUCUAUGCACCCAGAGCCACGCCGCGCCAAUCAAGCCCGCCCAGGAGAAGCUCCUCCUCUCCUUGAUGCCGUACCUUGACGACUACUUCUACAAGGACACGUGGCGCGCGGGAAACGACUGCAGCAAAUGGGAAGGCGUCACGUGUAACUCCCGAGGCGCGGUCGUAAAGAUCGAGCUGAACUUCUGGGAAUCGGGCCCGAUUCCGUCUACGAUCACCGCUCUCAACUCCCUCCAACACCUCGAGAUCUCCGGAUCGAAUCUCACCGGCUCGUUGCCGGAAACGCUCGGCGCGCUUCUGACUCUCACCACAAUCCGCGUCAGCAGCAGCACCAGCGGGUUCAGCGGCCGCAUCCCCCGCUCCCUUUCCUCUCUCUCCAAUCUCGUCUCCCUCGAUCUCUUCGGCCAUAGAUUCUCCGGAGGCAUCCCGCCCGCGCUUAGCAGUCUUAAGCGUCUUACUUACCUCGCGCUUAACCUCAACCAACUCUCCGGCCCGAUCCCCGCCGCGCUCGGCUCCCUCCGAAAUUUAAAGACGCUCCUGCUCGCGCAUAAUCGCUUAACGGGGCUGGUGCCGCGCCAGCUGGCGCAACUUAAGUCGCUGGAGGAAUUAAAUCUGCAGGAGAACCGAUUAAUAGGCCCGCUACCCGGCGCUCUGACCGCUCUCGCUCCAACUCUGAAAAGCCUAGACGUUUCGUACAACCAGAUCGGAGGCGCCUUUCCAUAUAGGCUAAUUAAGAGGCUGUCGCGGCUCGAGACUCUGAGUCUGCAGCGAGCGGGGAUUAAAGACACGACUAUGUCGCUGGCUCAGCUGUGGCGUCACCCAUCCCUUUACUUAAUAGAUCUGAGCUGGAACAAAAUUUCGGGCAACCUGCCCCACGUCCUGGGCAGGAUGAAAAAUCUCAACAGGCUUUACCUCAUGGGGAACCGGCUCAACGGCUCCGUUUCGUGGAAGUUUUUCGCGUACAAACCGCCCCUGACCGAUCUUUCGCUUGCUGACAACCAGCUGACAGGGGAAUUUCCGUGGGCUGCCCUAAAAGCGGGAGUUGCGGGGACGCUGGAGCAUUUGGACAUCAACAGUAAUUCCUUUGUGGGAGCCAUUCCUACUGCUGCACUUCGCGACUUUCGCCUGACGGAUUUCAAUGUCUCGGAUAAUUUCUUUUCCGGGAAGCUGCCCGACAUCGGGAGAGGCGAAGGAGACAUGGUCUUCGAUUUCGCGUAUAAUUACUUCUGGGGUAACCCCAUGCUGACUAUUUCCGGGCAGAGUUUCUGCCCGGAAGAGUCCGGCCUGAGUCAGGGGUUUGGGGAUGACGAAAUUCUGAAAGCUGUGCAGAACUGCUUGUCCAAGACUGCCAGCUGCCCGGAAAAACAGCAGCGGAGCGGGGGAGCAUGCACGAAAUUUUGUGGUGCAAGCAGCAGCAAAGGGCCGUGCUCAGGCUAUGGGACCUGUGUUCCAGUGAAUAGUGCCAGGAGCUCUAUACAGUUUGAGUGCAAGUGCUAUGAGGGGUACAAGCUGAAGGCGGGAAGCAAGCAUGAGUGUGUGAGAGACGGCUAACUCUGCUGAGAGAUGCUGGUGGCUAGAUGAAACGGGACUAGAGAGAUAGCCGAUGGGGCGGACUACAACAGGAAGAGAAAUCAGUGGUGAGCUGAUGGGGCUAAUACCGUCGGACUGGAGGCAGACACACAGAGAGCUAAAGCUGGUGUAAGUAAGCCGAUGGAUAGGGGAAGGGAGGUGAAGUGGCGUGGUACAUGAGGACUUUCUCUCAAGGAAUCACUCUGAUAGGCGAUCUUAUGGUGUCUGGUGCAUGGUUGUGUAUGCUUGAUACCGGUACGAAUAAUUCAUUUGCAGAUGUAUUACCCCGUCUAGAACCGUGUCUCACAUGGCACAACAC